GUUUCCCGUCCCUAUUUAUGUUGGUCCGCCUUCGGCCCUAGGGUUUUGACCGCCGCCUCCGUUCCCUUCCUCCGACGAGUGCGUAACCCUAGCGGCCAAGAACCUCAAAUUUCCUUUUCCGUAUGAUCCCUCCUCUACCCAGUAGCCUCUCUGUCGUCUCGCGGCCUUCGAGUCUCUUUCUGUUCGCUUGAUUCUUGGUCUAUCAAGGACCGAUGGUAGACUCCCAAUCACCAGAAUCGCUCUUGGCCGUCGAGGAGGCAGUCUCCCGCGGCGGCGAGAGUGACGCCGGAUCAGACAGAGGUGAGGAUGCGGUGGCCGACGUGUCCGGGAACACGUGGGAGGUGUCGCUGUUCGAGCAGCGGCCGCCUGACGUCUCGGCUGAUGGCUUGUACGUGUAUCACAACAUGUUCCAUCUCGUCCCGAGGGAGAUCGGGCGGCUGGGGAGGCUCAAGACGCUAAAGUUCUUCGCCAAUGAGAUCGAGGUGCUGCCCCCGGAGGCCGGGGAUUUGGUGGAGCUCGAGCGGUUGCAGGUGAAGGUCUCCUCCCCGGGGAUCGCUGGUCUCCCGUUUCGAAAGCUCAAGUCUUUGAGAGAACUCGAGCUCUGCAAGGUGCCGCCGAGGCUGGCGGCUUUCUCUAUACUGUCUGACAUUGCUGGCCUUAGGUGCCUAACGAAGCUAUCCAUCUGCCAUUUCUCCAUCAGAUAUCUUCCUCCAGAGAUUGGCAAUCUCAAAAAGCUCGAGGAGCUGGAUCUUUCAUUUAAUAAGUUGAAGAACUUACCAGAUGAUAUAGCCAAGCUGGGUUCUCUUAAAUCACUGAAAGUAGCUAACAAUAAGUUGGUUGAUGUUCCAUCUCGUAUAUCUUCCAUGAGUGGCCUGGAAAAGCUGGAUCUGUCAAAUAAUAGGCUAACUUCAUUGACGCCUCUUAGACUGGCUUCUAUGGUUGCACUCCAAGAUUUGGAUCUUCAGUACAAUAAGCUUCCCAAUGAUUGUCAAAUUCCAUCUUGGAUAAAAUGCAAUUUAGAAGGAAAUGUGGAAAGCAAUGCUAAAGAUGAGAUAUCCAAGUCUUCGGUUGCUGUUGACAUGCAUGAUGGUGCAGUUCACAGGACACGUUGGAUUCAUUCCUGUAAUGGUUACCAUGGUGCAUCUUCAUGUUUACAUUCUGAGGCCCCACCAAGCUUUAGAUGUCAUGCUACCAAAAUGAAAAGAAAGGGUUGGAAGCGCUAUACUUAUCUUCAACAAAGAAUUCGUCAAGAGCGUUUGAACCAUAGCAGGAAGUGGAAAGGAGAUCAUGAUCAUAAUAUGACUGUAAAGAUGGUUGAAGAAGAUGAAAAUUCUUCUUUGCUUGAACUUGAAAAUAGUCAAUCUGGGUUGCAGAUCUCUGUCGAGGGGACAAGUGUACUUGAUGAUUCCUCACAACUGGAUGUUCUGCAUAAUGAUUUAUCAAGUGUUAUUGAUAGUGAUGGAUGCUGCCUUGCCAAAGAUAGUGCACCGCAAAUUUUACAUGAUUCCGCUGAGAGAAACAAAGUUGGUUCAAACAAGAAUAUAUCUGAGGAUCUCUCUUCAUCUGUUACCUCCAACUCUAGCAGCUUGAACAAAGACUAUGACUUUGAAAGUGAGGGUGAGGACAAUGAUUGCUCGCUCAAUCCUGUCACUGCAAUAGAUGUACCCGAUGAACACUCCUCCUGCGAGGCGUCUAAGUUCAUUUUACAAUCAAAAAGGCAUUCUGACAAGGAUCUUGACAAUCCUAAGCCAAGCAAAUUCCGGAAACCUGUUGAAGACUUCUCAGAUCUCUCCUGCAAGUAUAGCAUUCAGUCACAUUGUAGUGUUGAUGACCACAUACCUGAUGGUUUCUAUGAUGCAGGGCGUCAUCAGCCCUUUAGGUCACUGCAAGAUUUUGAACAGAACCUCUGCCUAGAUUCACGAGAAGUUAUUCUCUUGGAUAGACACAAAGAUGAAGAGUUGGAAGCAAUUAUUUUUUCUGCACAACUACUCAUGUCUAGCUUUAAAAGAUCAUGUUCAAAUGGAAGGGAAGAGAAUCUGGUGGACAACUUCCUCAGGGCAUCAGUUCUUGCUCUCUUUGUUUCAGAUUGUUUUGGAGGAAGUGAAAGAAGUGCUUCAGUUAUGAAGAUGCGUAGAUCUAUUCUUGGUUUACACAAGCAGCAGCCUUUUGUCUGCACUUGUCCUUCUAGAGACAUCUUUGAGAAGAGUAAUGCAUUUAAGAGGGUGCAUGACAAUGUGGCCAAUGUUAAUUUCACUCUUCAUUGUGAAAACUCUCUGCAGUUGAUCAAGGAAACACAAAAGUCCAAUGUUGUGCCUAUAGGGACACUGCGUUUUGGUAUUUGUAGACACAGAGCUGUGUUAAUGAAGUAUCUCUGUGACCGGGUAGAUCCUCCAAUUCCUUGUGAGCUUGUGAGGGGAUAUCUAGAUUUCAUGCCUCAUGCUUGGAAUGUUGUACAUGUUAGAAGAGGCAAUUCAUUGAUGCGAAUGGUUGUCGAUGCAUGCUAUCCGACUGACAUUCGGGAAGAAACAGAUAUAGAGUACUUUUGCAGGUACAUUCCUCUUAGUCGACUCUGUGCUCCUAUUGGAACCCAGAAUUCUCCAAUCCCGGCAUGCUCAUCUCGUUCUCCUUCACUUGACCAUGGCAUCAAUAGUAGAACAAGCAGUUCUCUCUUGCGUUGCAAAUUUGGAACUGGUGAUGCUGCUGUAAAGUCUUUAAUUUUGCAGGUUCGUUACUUGGAAGCAGAUCAAACAUCAGAUGAGGAUAUUAGGAAUUUUGAAUACAGGCUUUUAGGAGAAGUUAGAAUUCUAAAUGCUUUGAGGAAUCACAGCUGUAUAGUGGAAAUAUAUGGUCAUCAGCUUUCUCGUAAGUGGGUUCCAGCGACAGAGGGGAAAAAAGAGUAUAGGCUGUUGCGAUCUAUGAUCAUUAUGGAGUAUGUGAAUGGGGGUUCACUAAAGAAUUAUUUGGUCCAGUUGACAAAAGAGGGUCAGAAACAUGUUCCAGCUGAUAUUGCCUUAUGUAUUGCUAGAGAUGUUGCCUAUGCCCUGGUAGAAGUGCAUUCUAAGCAAAUAAUUCACCGGGACAUAAAAAGUGAGAACAUCUUAUUUGAUUUGGAAACUGGAUCCAAUGGAAGGCCUAUUGUCAAGCUCUCUGAUUUCGACAUAUCUGUGCCUCUCCACUGCUAUGCACAUACUUGCUGCAUUGCUCAUUUCGGCAUACAUCCACCUGAUGUUUGUAUAGGAACUCCUCGGUGGAUGGCUCCUGAAGUAGUGCAAGCUAUGCAUAAGAAAAAUCCAUAUGGGCUGGAGGUGGAUAUUUGGUCAUAUGGAUGUCUCUUGUUGGAGCUUCUGACCCUUCAAGUACCUUACCAAGGACGAUCUGAAUCAGAAUUAUAUGAUCUGUUGCAAAUGCAACAACGCCCAAGGCUUACACCAGAAUUGGAAGCAUUGUCAUCAUCACCAGAUGAAAAGACAGCAAUAUCACAAGCCAACAUUUUUUCUGAUGCAGAUGCCGAAAUAUUGAAGCUUUUGGUGGGCCUAUUCUACCAGUGUACCAGGGGAAAUCCUGCUGACCGCCCUUCUGCUAAGCAUAUUUACGACUCUCUUUCAGUAGUUUCCCCCAGAGUAGAAGCAGCCCAUGUCACCGGACACAACGACUAAUUUUAUACGUGGCUACAGCAAAAUUUUGUAGCUUUGCUUCGAGGGUAUAAGCAUUAACUGUCGAUCUCCAGUAGAAAAUGCUACUUGACCACAGUAUUGUUGUCUGUUCUAUGUUAAUCCGCCUUUGGGUCUGGCAGUUCUCGCAGAUUUGUCCUGCAUCAAGCAACAUUAACUGUUCACACCCGGGGAUACAUGUAUUUGUAACAUUAUCAUUGUAGUAGCGUUCAAUUCAAGCCCCGAUAAGAAGUGAUUUGUAUUUCACAAACAUUUAAAUUUAUGCUCCAAAAAGCCAUUAGUAGA